AUGGCGCCACUCAUCGUGAACAAUAUCGAGGUUAUUCAGACCCCCACCAACCCACCAGCAUGGCCGGAACCCAAGGCACCCUCCCGCGUGGAGCUGUCGGCGGGAAGCCAAAAGACCCCGGAUCAUCGCCCUCUCCCUUGCGACAUCAUCCUUGAACGGGAUCAGCCCUUGACGCUGCGGGACGGGACCCGCAUCCGAGUCGACAUCUUCCGACCGAAGACGGAUGAGAAAAUACCCGCCAUUCUGAUGUGGGCCCCCUAUGGGAAGACUGACACGGGCACUCUAAAUCUAGACAAGAUCCCAUUGCGGUGUGGCGUUCCCUUGAGCAAGCUGUCGGGCUACGAGUCUUUUGAAGGACUUGAUCCCGCUGAAUGGAUCCCGAAAGGCUAUGCCAUCAUCAACGCGGACGCCAGAGGAGUGGGUGACUCUGAAGGUGACAUGAGGACCUGGGGCACCCCGGAGGGUCAAGACGGCCACGAUGCCAUUGAGGGCAUCGCAAAGCUGCCCUGGUGCACGGGAAAAGUCUCUCUAGCCGGUAACUCGUGGCUCGGGCUGUGCCAGUGGUUCAUCGCCGCCGAGAGACCGCCUCAUCUGGCGUGUAUCGCGCCUCUGGAGGGCGCGAGCGAUCAUCUUCGAGAGACCUUGUGCCGCGGCGGAAUCCCUUCAAUAGGAUUUGGGGCAAUGAUCAAUAAUGUGGUUUCUGGUCGUGGUCAACAAGAAAAUACUGUUGAGAUGUUGUUAAAGUAUGGGCAGAAUAUCAGGGAUUACUGGGAUGACAAGAGGGCGCGCAUGGAUAAGAUCGAGGUCCCUGCCUAUAUCUUGGGCAGCUAUUCGACGAUGCUGCAUACCAUUGGGAGCUUCAGAGGCUUCGAGGAGAUACCGCACCAAAACAAAUGGAUUGUAACACAUGCCACUCAAGAAUGGUUCGAUCUGUACAGCCAGGAACGUAUUGACGACUUGCAAAAGUUCUUCGACCACUACAUGAAAGAUAUUGAUAACGGUUGGGAACAUACUUCCCCGGUCAGGCUUGCCGUGCUGGGGUACAACAAGCCGCCCAUCAUCGACCUCCCCUUCGACCAUCUGCCUUGGUUACAUGUAUCAAACAGUAAUGCGAAGACGGAGCAGAAACGUCUCUACCUGAGCGCCGACAAGACGCUACAGCUGUCCAAUGGCACCAGUUCCACGACCCUGGGUUACAAGGGCACGGAGAGCGUGGUACUCACGCACACAUUUUCUCAGUCCACAAAGCUGCUGGGCCCAACGAAGCUGGUAGUUCACGUGUCCUGCCCCUCCGCCACGGACUUUGAUGUGUAUGCGCAGCUUCGGAAGCGAGACCAGGACGGCAAUGACCUCGAGCACCUGAACAUCCCCUUUGAAGCACUCCCUGUAUCCAAUCUCAAAGAGAUCCCCAACAUCAACCCCCUCAAGUAUCUUGGACCCAACGGGAGGCUUCGGGCUUCGAAGCGCAAGGUUGCGCCCGAGCUGUCGCUAAACUACUGGCAGACACUGGCUCACGAUGAAGACAUUGAGGUAAAGGCAGGGGAGAUUGUCAAGAUGGAGGUCUGGAUUUGGCCUACUGCUAUUCAGUUCGAUGCCGGGGAGCAGCUGGUGCUCAAGGUUGCCGGCACAGAUAAUAUGACACUGCCGGAAUUUGAGCUCUUGGCUCAGGAACCAGCGAUAGCGGCUGCUCAGAUUGUGCAUGUUGGUGGAGAGUUUGAGAGCUACUUGGAGGGGCAUUGGCAAGACUGA